AUGGAGAGAGACCUCGAUAGAACUCAGUUAUCAACCGCUUCAAAAAGAAAUCGCGAAAAAUCCAAAGAAGAAGUCAGUGAAGACGAAGACUUGAAUAAAGGUGCAGACAAAACUUCUGCCCAAGGAAAAGCGGAGGUGAAUGAAUACAACCCGUCAGGGGAAGAGCUGCAGAGCUAUGAACGUAUUCACAUUAAAAAGGUGAAAAAGAAAAAGAAGGAAAGAGACAACGAAUCAAAGAGAAAUGGACGAGAAAAAUCGAGAAGAACACCAACUGCGAAAGGUUUGAGUAGCGAGAGAGAUUCUAGCCGAGAAGAAUUUGUACAAAAGAAAUUGAAAUCUCGAGUUGUAACAAGCAAAGGUCGUAGAAGCAAAGAAAAGACUUUGAAAUCGACAAGUUCAAGAAAUGAAGAAGAAUUUGAAAGGAGAAAGAGAAGUUCUGAAGAGGAGAAAGAGUGGCAAAGGCGGUUGUCAUGGCAAGCUUCCAAAAGCGACUAUUCUGGAGAAAAAACAGAGAACUUGAAUAGCAAAGAGUCAUGUGGAGGGAAAAAGUCUAGUGUGGAGACGGAUGGUUCAUUAGAAAAAAUUGAAGAACGAAUAAGAAUGGUAGAACAUUCAAAAAGGUCGAGAGAGGUGGAUAAAGAAGAAGACCCUCUAAAGGUUGGAAAAUAUUCUGGCGAAGAUGUACAUCCAAAAGAAAACAUAGAUAUUGGGGAAGAAAGGCAUUCCCAGGAAGUAGCAGAACCUCUCCAAGAGGAAAUAGUUUGGGAAAAAGAGGAAGUGGCCCAAGCUCAUAGCAUGUCACCAAGCAGAGGAUCCGCAGAAAAACAAAGAGCGGACCACUUGGUUUUUGAGCAUGUAGGAAAAUGGAAAAGCCUCGAAAGCGAAGGGAACAUUCGUGAAAAUUUAGAGAAAGAAAAAAAGCAAGGAUCGCAAACUGAAGAGUUCAAUCCAUAUUUUGCAAAAGCUCCAAUUGAGGAAGAGUGUCAAAAACAGGACAAGUUUAGAGAUAAGAAUGAAACUUUACUUUCAAAAGAGAAGAGUACAUCUAAAAGCAAGGAAGGAACAUUAGAAAGU